CAAGUAUCUUCAAUACGCCAUUAAACCCCGUUUCAUUUCAUCUCGCCUCACUUCAUAUCACUGGCGUCAGAUCAAUAUGAGGCAACUCAGUCAACUGCGCGUUGUUCUGCGAGCCGUGACGAUGACGUAGGGACAGCGUAAUCCGUCUCAGUUUGGAGUAUAACACAGAACACGGAGACAGUCGGCUCUUCGUUUCUUCAACUUACACUCCCCCACAACGAUGUCCAACCAUCUCAUCAGGCAGGCGACAGUUGAAGACUUUGAUGGCGUCAUGAAUAUAGGUGACGUCUACUUUGGCUUGGACUACCUCCGACACGUUUACCACACGAUCAUGGACAACCCCAACGCCACAGGCUACGUCUACGUUAUUGGGGAAGAGAUUAUUGGAUUCACAAGCAUUUACCGGCUUGACGAUGGCAAAACGUUCUUCGUGAGAGCCAGCAGGAUCAAGAGUGGGUUCCGUGGGAAGGGCCUUUAUGGUAAACUGCUGCAUUACGCGUGUGAGGAUCAUAAAAACAUAGAAUCCAUCCAGUAUGAAGCCAUGGUCGUACAUGGUGUCACCUACGAAUCCAAGAGACUCAACCUUGAAAACAACCAUACCCAGCUCGUCCAAAAGUCGGUCCUGAAUUAUCAUUUAGAGCUGGAACGAAUGAAAGUCCCUGGGCAGCCUUUGGAUGCAGUUCUUGAGACGUUUGAUUCGGCGGAAAUGACGUCUUUGUUUGUUGACAAGAAGGCAUGUGAAGCCUUAUUCCCAAGUGGAAGAGUGAUAACAGACUGGGUUCCUCUACGUCUUCUACCCUCAAAUAUGAGGUAUAUCCUGACAGCUGGUGCCACAGCUCUAGCGUCCAGGGACGAAAACGCGAGAGUGUCGCUCCUCACCAUCGGGACCCCAGUGCCUUGUCAAUUAGGACUCAGAUACUGUUUAGACAUUUUUGGAAAUGAUGGCACGGUGUUUCAAGAACACGUCAUACGCCAUAUCGAGUAUAUCAAAAACAUGACAGAUAAAAAUACAAUGAUAGUAAUUAUGAUAGUAGUUGAUCCUUGUUUAGCCAGUGUUGUGGACAAACAGUUGUCAGAUAUGGAUAUUCCUCCCUACGACUUCCAUCCCAAGAGUAUCACGGUAUUUGAAGAUAGCUUCAAGUGACUUUACUAUUUCAGAUGUUUAAUUACACUAACUGUGAAGAUUAUGACUAGGGCGGAGUGGUUAUAGUUCUACUUUGUAUAAUAUCAUGAUAAUGUCAUUGCAUAUGAGAAGCCAGAUAGUUGUUGACCGUUGAACGGAAUUCUUAUGCUUCUGCUUGGUAUAAUGAUUCUCAUGCCAUGGUCUCCUUUCUGAUUGGUCAUAGCUUUCAAAUCACAAUGGCACGUCAGUAAUUUGACGCUUCACCCAUCGCCUGUGAAUACACGUAAGUAAUUCGUCCAGUGGUGGGGACGCAGUGUGUGGAAAAGACGAAUGAAGUACCUGCGAAUACUUUCCUAUCAAAUGGCCAAUGUGACGACACCACUGUCAUCACGAAAACAACUUUGUAUUCAAUCACUCGGUAUAGGAACUAUCACAACGAUUACGUCUUUAUGUAUCAGGAUAACUUCACUUGUGUUGACAUCAAUGUUUCUAAAGAUUGUUUAUAAAAGUGGAAUUAAGUUAUCCAUCUGUAUGUUGAA